AUGGGUUUUGUCUCUUGGUUGAUCACACAUCUAGCUCCUGUCUUUCUGGCUACAUCGCCUGUUACCAGUUAUGCGGAUCAGAUCUACUCUAUCCACCGGACGCGGUCUUCAGCAGGUUUCUCUCUUGACAUACCUCUUAUUAUGCUGGUAGCGUCAAUUCUGAAACUGUUCUACUGGCUUGGAGCACGCUUUGAUCUGUCUCUUCUCUUACAAGCUGGUCUGAUGGUGAUUGUACAACUUGUCCUCCUUAGAGUCGCUCUGCAGAACCGUCCCCUCGCGAGUGCCGCCAACAACCUCCACCAGCCAUUCGCAGGAGCCAGAGAAGGCGAUACUCACGUCAAGCGACCUUUCGACUUUUGGCAAUGGAAGCAAGCAAAGCCCUACUGGAUGUUCCUGGCAUACUUCAGCGCAACCCUGUUGGUUCUCCAGAUUCUGUUCGGUCGCUUGGAUUCCUACGUCGCACUUCAGGGUUACGUGGCUCUAGGUAUUGAAGCUACGUUGCCGCUUCCUCAGAUCAUGUCGAAUCAGAGAAAUCGGAGUUGCAAAGGGUUCCGCCUGAGUGUCCUUGCAAACUGGCUGUUGGGUGAUGCCAUGAAGAUGUCUUUCUUCUUCCUUGCUGAGAGCACAAUUCCAUGGUCUUUCAAGCUUUGUGGUAUUUUCCAGGCAUGUUGCGACUCUUAUCUCGGAGUGCAAUACUUGAUGUUCGGGGAAGGGCCUGUUGACAGCAUCGAGGGUCUCGCGAGAGAGAUGAAGAAUUUGAGCUAA